AUGUUAAUUGCUCGUGCUGUUCCUAUCAUGAGGGUCUAUAUUAAACCUGGUGGUCAACGAGGUUAUUCAGGGCAUUGUAUCAAUUUACCCCAAAAUGUUACUGAACUUGCAACAACUUUGCCAAGAUACCCAAAAGACUUGGCUGUGAUUAUUGUCAAGGUGAAGGGUAGAGAGAAUACCUUUAAAGAUGUGACAGUGCGAAAACAAAAAGUGCAAAAUGCUUUAGUUUGGCUUAUCAAUAAUAACCCACAUUAUUCUGAGAUAUUAAUUAAUGAAGGUGCAUUAAACUUAUUACCUGAGAAUGGUGUACCACCAGAUCUUAUGACUGUUGAGACUGAUGAUGAUAUAGUCUCGGAUGAGAAUUCGGCACCUGAUGUAGGUCCUCCUACUGAUAACCCCUCAGAGGAUAUUGUUUAUAAUAAUUCCACUGAAAUGAGUAGUUUUUUACCUGUUGGUGAACAACAACAACAGGAAAUUGAAGCUGUGAGAAAUCAGCUUUCUGAAAAUGAGCCAAUGGAAUGGCCCUCAGUUGAAAAUGAACCAUUGAAUGAGUACCAGAUAUCGCAUCUAGCCACAAUGGCAUUCCCGACAUUAUUUCCGGAUGGGAAAGGUGAUCCCACCAACCAAGGUCUGCUAAGAGAUGUUCCACUUCAGGAACGAAUAAAGCAUCUUUUGAAAUUUGCUGAAAUUAUUGAUGGCAAAUGGGUAUAUCGUUUUGCUAACCACCCUAGAUUUUCGUACUGGGCUUUUAACAUGAUUCAAAGAAAGCGAAUCUUACAGCAAAGUGGAAUAUUCUUAAAACAAAAUCCAGGUGAAGCACAUCUCACCAUUGAUGAACUGCGGGAAAUGGCUGCCAGUAACAAUGCAAAUGUAUUUAUCUCCAAAGUGUCUAGAUAUGUAGGCAAUAUUGCUGGUACUAAUGCUUACUGGAAUAAAGUGAGGGAGGAACUCAAGGCUAUUAUAACUAGUGUUGGAGCACCAACAUUAUUUUUUACUUUCUCCUCUGCAGAUAUGCAUUGGCCUGAGCUACAUGCUUUAUUUAAGGCUGAUGCUAAUAGUAACAUUAACAAUUCUACCAGUGACGUAAGACGACAAAAUGUUAUUAACAAUCCUCAUAUUGUAGAUUGGUUUUUCACUCAAAGGUGAGAAAGCUUUGUAAAACACUGGCUGUAUGACACCCUUGGUGCAAAAUGGCACUGGUUUAGAUAUGAAUACCAAGGAAGAGGUAGUAUUCAUUGUCAUGGUACUGCUAAACUAAACAAUGACCCAGGUUUGUGUCAACUUACUCGAACUGCUUUAAAGGGUUUCUUAGCUCAAAAAUUGAAAGACGAGAAUGAUUCUCUUGAUACAACAGAAUUAGACCAGGAUAUUGAAGCUGGUCAGAAAGCAGCUGACACAGUAUGUCAGUAUGUUGAUUGGUUGUUAUCAACCGUCAAUCCUAAUCCACCAGAUGAGGACAUGUGGAUAAGACCUGAGGUUCAUCCAUGUCAAAGAAGUCAUGACAUUCCUGAACAUGAAAAACAAUCAGAUUAUGUAGAUCUGUUAAACAUGGUACAACGACACACACGUUGUAGUGCAAGCUAUUGUCUUAGAAAAAAGUCAAGUGAAACGGAAUUGAAAUGUAGAUUUCACUUCCCUUUUGAUUAUUGUUCACAGACAAAAUUAGAAUUUGAAAAAAUUCACACCUCAGGUGAUAAUGAACAUUAUAGAGCUAAAAUUGUGACUAAACGAAAUGACUCUAGGUUAAAUAACCACCAACAUCUUCAACUCCAAGGAUGGAGAGCUAACUGUGAUAUUCAAGUUGUUAUUGAUCACUACGCUUGUGUAGAGUAUUUCACAAAAUAUGCAGCUAAAGGUGAACCAAGGUCACCUAUAUUAAAACAAGCAUUUAACUCUAUUAUGCAAAAUGUUGACAGUAAUACUGACCCUCGCAGAGCUAUUAAGAAGAUAGUUAUGAAAUCUCUUGGUGAAAGAGAUUAUGCAGCUCAGGAGACAAUGCAUCAUUUGUUGUCAUUGAAACUACAUAGCUCAUCAUUUAAAGUGAUGCCAGUAAGUUUAAACGGUUCAGGAAAAUCAUUAAUUUUAACUGGUGAUCCAGGUCAAUUGCCACCAGUAGCAGAUAAACCUCUUUACCAUGCUAAACCAUCAAACGCUGUUGGUGAACAAGGUCAUCAAGCAUAUCAUAUGUUUGACAAAGUUGUUAAACUCACUGUAAAUCAACGUGUGCAAGGUAUGACAUCUGAGCAAGUACAGUUCAGAGAUUUGUCAUUACGACUUCGAAAAGGUGAUUCAACAGUUGAUGACUGGAAAUUACUUCUGACACGUCAACCAUCAAAUGUCACUAAUUUAUGUGACUUUGAAGAUUCUACUAGACUAUUUUAUAGUAAUGAACAAGUUGGUAAUUACAACCAUGAGCAGCUAACAAAACUUGAGCAUCCAAUAGCUCAUAUUAAUGCGCGCCAUUCAUCUGCAUUGGCCAAAAAGAUAUCCUCAGAUGAUAUGUCUGGAUUAGAACCUGUUGUCUUUCUAGCAAAAGGUGCUAGAGUCAUGUUGACUAUGAAUUUGUGGUCAUGUGUUGGUCUCUGUAAUGGGGCUACUGGAACAAUUGUUGAUAUUAUCUAUCAGAACAACCAUCAACCACCUGACUUACCUAUUGCGGUAAUAGUAGAAUUUGAAAACUAUAGAGGACCUGUUUUUAAUGAAAGCCAACCAUUGUGUAUCCCAAUAUAUCCAAUCACUGUCACAUCACAGACAGAAAUAGGUUUCCACGAGAGGCAACAAUUACCUCUUAGGCUUGCUUGGGCUCUGACAAUACACAAGAGCCAAGGACUUACUCUUUCAAAAGCAUGGAUAGAUAUUGGCAAAUCUGAAAGAACUGCUGGAGUUUCUUAUGUCGCUAUUAGCCGAGUAAAAUCACUUGCAUCUUGUGUCAUUGAACCUAUGACAUAUGAACGAUUAACAAGCUUGAAAUCAUCAGCUAAUUUACAAUAUAGGCUUGAAGAAGAAAACAGGCUAGAUCAGUUAGCACAGACUACAAAUAGCAGUGCAUUUACAUAA